UAUCAUACGGCUAUAUCUGUUUAUCUACGAUUAUACUGUAUACAAAGUCAUGGUUGUACUCUCGCGACUAUUUACCGCGAUUGCGUGGUUUCAGAUUGCCUUGAAAAUAUCCCGGCAGAAGUAUAAAUGGCUUACAAUGACGAUCGGGGGCGUGCUAAUUACCGCCCACAUUGUCGCCCAAAUCUAUUACCAGAUUGUGUUUGACAAUCUGGCUGCAAUUUUCGGCGAUAAUUUAGUCGGUGCAUUUCAACAUUGGAAAAUCGCCCGCGCAUGUUUGCAGUUGGUCAUUUUAAUUUGGUUUGCGGCAAAUAUUCUUUGUUACACAACUGUAAUUAAGAGCCCGAGAAAAGUGUGCUAUUCACGUCGAUUACUUCCGUUGGCAAUAUUCAAUUGGUGCCUAAUUGUGUUGAAUGCGACAUUGACUAUACUUUAUGUCAGUCUAUUCCGUUACAACUGGCUAGUUAAAACUUGGCUUGGAUUAUUGCCAUAUCUACUUGAUGUGAUUUUAAUCACCACGGUAUGGGAAUGGAUAUACAAGAUUUGGGUAUUGGAGAAACGGUUUGAGUUAAUGGGGGUGUUGGGAAGAAAAAUGAGCGCCGACGAAGGCAUGAGUAUAAACCUGGAUGAUAUUGGAAGAAACAAGAUGGUUCUACAAUCGAAAAACAAGGUAUUAUCCAUGCUAGAUGGAAUAUUACAUAUAGGAAAUAACAAGAUUGUUGAGGAUGUCGGGUCAGUAAAAUCCAUAGAGUUGGAAGAUUUGUCCACCAAAGACUCAUCCAUGCCAUCCGACCAAACGCCGCAAAGCAAUGAACAUAGUCACCAACACCUCCACCAUCGAGUCAACUUUUUCGUUGAUGAUGAAACUCCAGGGACUUCUCCAAGCAAUGCAAAUGUGUCGCCCAAUACGAAUCCUGACGGAUCAGACGCAGAUUAUGACGAUGAAAUUGUAGACAAUUACGAAAUAUGGGGUCGAGAAGAAGACGACACCGAUGAAAUUGGCAAUCACGAAAUAGGAGACGAUUUACACGAAGUAAUUGUUGGUUCUAGCAACCAAUUUGACUCAGGAAGUAAUGACUCUACUGAACCACCACCGUUCCAACCGCUUCCCGGGUUUAGCGAAGAGGAUUAUUGGAAUGAUGAAAAGAGAUAGAAUAUUGUAUUUUUACUUUUUAAUUGUAUUUAGCUUUGUAUAAUAAUAAUUAAUAAUGGGAUUGGU